AUGAAUAUCAACGAUAGUGGCAAUGAAAGUUCUCCCGACGGCGGCGGUUGGAUGGGCGCACCUCCACCACCACCACCGGAUGGUGGAGGAGGAGGAGGUGGAGGAAUGGGACCACCCCCAGGAUCUGGCUCAUCUGCUAUCACAUCUCUGCAAAGAAAUGUCGUUCUCUACGGCUAUUUAGUUCUAUUCAUUUUUGGCUUUUUCGGCCAUUCCAUGAGUUUUACCAUCUUUCGUCGACAAACUCUUCGCAAAGUAUCGACAAGUACUCUCUUCGUCUACAUGACAAUAUCCGAUCUCAUUUAUCUUCUCGCAUGUUUCUACACAUUCAUUUUUCUCGGCCUCAAUGUGUCAACAGCCAACAAGAACAUGAUGAAUCAACUAUGUCGUGCCUAUUCAUUUGUGCAGUACUUCUGCAUGUGUUGCACAGCGUGGUUUCUGUUAACCAUCACCAUAGACCGAUGGCUUCGCAUUCGAUUUCCAUUUCGGGUCAGAGAACUCUGCACACGACAACGAGUGACCAUUGGUGCAUGUGUCAUUGUGAUCGUCUCUGCUGCUCUCAACUCUCACCUGGCUUUGCCAUUCAUCGGAGUGGUUGGUGAUGCGACUGUUUGUUCUGCCAGUCAGACAUCCACUGCUGCUUAUCAGUAUUUCUACUCGACGAUUUGGCCAAUCUUGAUCACAAUUCUGCAAAUCAUCUUACCAACAGUGCUUCUGUUAGCAUUCAGCAUCAGCAUGUUCGUUGAACUUCGUCGACAACAACAACAAAAGACACAGUUGAGACGUGGCGGCGGCGGUGGUGCUGGUCGUCGUGUUUUUCUCGAUCGACAAAUGUUGUUGAUCAUGAUCUCGAGCAUCGUUCUGUUUUUCAUCACACAGAUUCCAUUGAGUCUCUUCUACAUUCUCAUGACUUAUGUUCUACGAUCAAGACUCACACUAGAACAAUUGCUUCAAUUCAACAACUUUGCCAUUCUGAUUGCUUCGAUCGAUUAUGCAGCAUCAUUCUAUGUUCAUUGUUUGUCGAGUCGAUUGUUUCGUCAAGAGUUUUACAAUGUGAUACGUGUUGUUCGAAGUCGUCGUGUUGGUGUUGUCACACAAUUAUUUGGUCCCGAAAGAAUCCAAACUCAAACUCAGUUGGUUCAAUUACAAACCCGAAGAUGA